AUGCAGUUGAAAGAUGUGCAAGUCCCAACGAUUCCUUCCCUGAGGAUCAUCAAUCGCGAGAUCACAUUUGAGAAACUCGGCGAAAUCCUUGAAGAAGAACGAACAGAACGUGUUGACGAGGUAGCCGAGCAUGAUGAAGAGAUCCAGCAAGCAGAAGAGGAACAAAUGCUUAACGACGAUCAUGCAGCCGAAACAAAUGCCGAUGGUUCGAGGAAUUCCUUGGUCUGGGAUGUUGUAGAUGAAGAGAUAAAAGAUCUAUACACAUUCAUGAUAACAAUCCUCAGACAAAGAGCAAUUGCCGAAUCAACAGUUGAUCCAACGAUCAAUAAAGACGAUAGAGCCAAGGAAUUGAGUGAUGCUUACGAUUUCUUCAUAGAGCAAGAUGAUUCCCAUCUUAUAAAUGGUCAUCAUCUUGCUCAAAAUGAUGGCAAGUUUUGGUAC